AUGGGCGACAGCAUUGUUGAACAGAGUAUUCAAAUUAAGGAGGUGAUGAAACAUGAAAUUGAGGAGCGUGUCAUUCAAGUCCCUAAUACAAAGAUUGUGGAAAAGAUAGUUGAGGUCCCCGAGCCCAUUUACAAAGAGAACAUUAUUAGGGUAAAAAAGCCUGUUAUUUGCGACCGUAUAAAGCACAUCCCCAAGCCCAUAAUCAGGGAAAAUGUUGUUCAUGUACCAGAAAUAACGUAUACCGACAAAAUUGUAGAGGUGCCGCAGAUUAUCUACAAAGAAAAUAUUGUGGAAGUGCCAAAGACUAUUGUGCAGGAACGAAUCAUUUCUGUGCCAAAAAAGGUCGUGAAGGAGAAAAUAAUCAACGUCCCCCAAAUUGAAUAUAAGACAGUUAUUGAGGAGAAGAUUGUGAAUGUGGAACAGAUUGUUCCGGAAUAUGUUACCACUGAAAAGGAGGUUAUCCAAUACGUAGACGAGCCAUAUGAAGUCGAAAAAAUUGUAGAAGUUCCAAAAGUUAUGCAUGUGUAUAAGGAUGUUAUACAACCACAGUAUCGUGAUGUUCCCUAUCCAGUUGAAGUUCCCAUUAAGCAAUAUCGUCCAGUGCCUGUGGAGAAAAUUGUGGAUCGGAAUGUAAACAUCCCCGUGGAAGUUGAAAUGGUUCAGGAGUUUUACUGUCCAAGGGUUCAGCUUAUUUAUAAAGAAAUUCCGGUUCCCGUUCAUGUUCAAAGAGUCGUUGAACAUCCGAUUCCGCAUCAAAUUUUAGAUUCCCAGGACAUGACGCGUUCCUACUACGAAAGAGUUCUAAAAGAUUUAGAUCGCAUCCACUAA